GAAAAGAGAGCGAGCCAGCCGCCUUCAAACAUGGCGUCUUCAUAGGAAAAUAACAAAAAAAUAUAAAAAAGAGGCCUACUUCUACCGUCUUCAUUGAUUUUCGGAAUUUAGAUUAUGGUUUCCAGACCUCGCGAUAUCGUCGUUAUCACUAUUUUCUAAUGUAAAAAGAGAAGGAAGCGUAGCAGGCUUUAUAAAUAGUAAAUCCGUUUUAUUUUGAUGCGUCGACAGGGCUAGCUAGCAUCUGCUAAUGUAGCCCACAACAAUUUUAGGGUGGGAAGGUAUUUUGCAUGCUAAAAAAAAUCACGAUAAUAUGAUAUCUUAUCGUUUGAUACAUUUUGCAACAAUCGUGAGAUAUCGAUGGUAAUUUUAUAAAUCUCGGAAUUUGUUCAGUUGAUCAAAUAAAGGGAGUGAGAUACGUCAGGAAAGGACGCGUUUGAUCAAAUGUUUCUCUGCAACUUAUCGAUGAUUGACAAAUACAAAAGUGUUAUCAUGAUCAUGCAUAACUUCGUUGCAAAUUGGCAAUUGUGGAAAUUAUAUUUGGAGAAAGUGUAGGAAAGGACAGACUGAUUUGAGGUGGUUAGAGUACACCCCCAGACCCCCCCUUUUUUCAUCCAGAUUUCUACUCCCCUUCAUAUCUCUUUCAAUAUGCUGUUUUCCAUGGCCAAGGACUUGUUUAUGACAAGGGGGAAAUAGUCUAAAAUCGAUCACGGGGAAGACUGAUACCCCACUUCUGUCAUAAUUGCUUUCGUCCUUGUCACACACCUCGUAAGUUCAAAAUGGAUAGAAAUUACCCGGGAACAGGGUUCGGUGAUUUGGGCGCAGGAUGGAGUUACGAAAGAUCCGCGAAAGCAAGUCUCGUCUAUGGGAGCUCCAGAUCAUCACACCCUGAGUCGGAGCUUCUCCAUCGACAYGCCUACGGCACUCCUCACCCUCUGCAGGGCUAUGCCACCAAUCACCACCCGGGCAGCUCUGGCCAAGGAGGUGCUUGGGGAGCAGGACGGAGUUUGGGUCUCUCUGGACUAUUUGACACAGGUCUGCACCACGCCAGCCCCUCUGGCCCAGARGCCUCAGUCAUGAAUCUGAUCUCUGCUCUUGAGUCCCAGCGGGGUCCCCAGCCUCAACCCUCCGCCUCCUCCCUGCUUUCCCAGUUCCGCACUCCGUCCUGGCAGACAGCGAUGCACACCCCUGCCCCUUCCGAGCUCUUCAUCUCCGGCUCGGGCUCCUUCCCCUCUUCCGCUGCCCUCUCGGCCUAUCAGCACCCGGCRUCCUUCUCCAGCCGCUCCUUCCCCACCCUCCAGGACACUCCCACGUUCAGCCCUACCUCCAACGGACUCCUCUCCCCCCACGACUCUCUGCUGCACAUCAAGGGUCCCUCCCAGUCCAGCCUGGGCUUCGACCGCCUCCUGGCCUCUCAGGGCCCCGCCGCAGCCUACCGGGGUGCCCAGGACUCCACAGGCGCCGCCUCCUCGGCCCAGGCCUCGUCGGCGCUACACAUCCAGUCCCAUCAGUUCAACCUGCUGUCCUCCCAGCUGCAAGACCAGUCCUCCCAGUUGUACAACGCUUCAGUGUUCUCCUCAGCCCAAGCUCAGGCUCAGGCUCAGGCCCAAGCUCAGGCCCAAUCUAACUCGGUUCAGGAGAGGGCUGUGCCCCGGCAGGACAGCGUAAUCAAGCACUACCAGCGGCCCACGCCGUCCCAGUCACAGCUCUCCUCCUCGGCAGCCCACUCCCUGCAGCAGUACCUCAGCUGCGGAGGAGCCGGGUACCAGCAGAUAGCCCACCCCCGGCAUGCCGGCCUCUCCUGCAGCCCCCUGGGUGACCAGAGUCCCUCCUCGGACCACAAGGCCUCGUCCCGAACAGAACAGGUUUAUCGGCCAAUCAUCCAGCCCCCUUACUCGUCCUCCACCUCCUCCUCUUCAGCAGUGGGGAAGGGCGCCAAGAGCAACUCCAGCAGCGGCUACUCCUCGGCCAGCUCGGUGUCCUCCUCCCGCACCCCUCACACGCCCCCUUCUGCGUCCUCCACUUCUUCGACUUCCUCUUCUUCUUCCUCCUCUGCCUCGGGGGCCCACCCCUCCAACUCCAUCCCCCCCUCCAGCUCUAGCUCGGGCCCCUCUAGACAGCAGCCUCCCACCCAGAGCGCUCCCCCAGCUCCCCAGCAGCAACAGCCCCCUCCAACCUCAUCCACGUCUGCCCAGCAGCCCUUACCCAAGCACAGGCUCUCGAGCUACAGCUCACCCGCACCCAUUGUGAAACCCCCCACCGCUGCCCUCACAGGCCAAACACCGCCGCAACCGCAGACCCAGUCAUACUCACCCAGUCAGCCCCCUCUCUCCCACCUCCCCCAGUCCUAUGGCGGCUUCAGCUCCCCUCAGGCCCAAGACCUGAGCUCAUCCGGGGUAAGAAAAGGCUAUGGGAGCCUGGGAGGGCAAAGCCAGUCGUACUCGGCGGAUGUGGUAUACGGGACUGACUCUGCUUACGGUUCCCUCCCCUCCUCUCUAGGCGGAGAGGGAAGUCCGUCAAUAGGUUACGGCCCAGGCCACUCCCCCGCCCUUUUACGGUCGGGUGGGCCAUCUGGGGGUGGAACUUCAGGAGGCGGUGGUAGUAGCAGCUCAGGAGGUGGGACUUCCGGCUCAGGAGGUGGAGGUGCCACGAGCAGUAUGGCAAAUGAGAGAGGAGGUGGCGGAGGAGGGUCUUACCAUAUCCCUGAGUCGAUCCCCUCCCCGUCGGCCAACUCUGGGAUCAUCCGUCCAGGGUUGCACUCCCCCGCCCCUGCCUGCCCCACCAAGACCCCAGGAGGAACGGGCUCCAACAAAUACAUCUCCUCUGUCCUUUCCCCCACCUUCAUGUCCUCCCCUCAGGGCUACCCUGACACCAGAGGCCCUCGGCCCCAGUCCUACCACCCCAACUCCAACAAGACCAAAUCUGACCCCAGCAGCAUGCUAGGUGUGGGCUCUCAGAGGUCUCAAGAGGACGUGGAUGACGACUUCUUGAUCCAGCACCUUUUCCAAGCCCAGGCCAGUCCAGUGCCCCAGGCGUCCCACCACCACUCCCAGCAGCAACAAUCUCAACAGACGGCCCAACAGCAGGCACCUCCCCAGCCCGUCUCCUCCACCACAGAUGGCGGCAAAGGGCUGUCUUCCUAUGAGCUGGGAAAGAGCUCUGAGGAGAGGUGCCACCUCCAGAGCGUUAUCCGCACUCACAGCGCCACCUCCAGCACAGAAUCUGGCGGGGCGGUUACUGGCCUAGACAGACAGCUGGAGAUGUCUCUCAAGAAACAGCAGCAACAACAACAGAGGAAUGACAGACGAGGCGGUGGCAGGAUUGAAGGAAGAGYAAGUGCUGAGCAAAGCCACCCCCUCCUCCACCACUCUCUGGGAUCAGUGGUGCACUACGGCCGGGGCGACCCAUACACCCAGCACUCCCUGGGCUCCCAACACUCCUCUCACCCGCAGCAACAGCACACUGCCUCCCAUGCCCACCUUCAAUCCCUCGCUCACAUGGACCCGCAGAAGAAGCCACAAGAGCGCUCGGAGCUGGUGUACCCACGCAAGACCCCCGAGGUCCAGCAGCAACAGCACUCUCAGUCUCAAGCCUCAGCCUCCCUCAUGGAUUCCCCCACACACCAGUCCCGCCAAACGCCCCACCUGCUCCAGUCUGUGCUGUCCCACACCACCCGCAACAAGAUGGAGCCCCAUCAGCAGCAGCAUUCGGUGAGCCAACAACAAGCUAUGAUGGAUGGAGCCGGAGGGCGAAUGGGCCCGAAUAAACACCAGACUCCUACCCAGCAGGCUUCCCAGCUUCAGCUACAACUCCAGUCCCAGGCUUUGGAGGCCGCAGUGGCGGCCACUCACUACAGCCACGGACCUCCUCAGCAGGACCAGAGCCAGUCCAAGCAACAACAGCAGAGCUCGGUGGUGUCCUCCCUGGACAUGCUGGAGUGCUCGCUCUCCCAGACCUCCAGUACGGAUGGAGGGGGAGUGGAGGGGAGGAGAGGAGGAGGUGGUGGUGGUGGAGGUGGAGGGAGCGGAGAGUGCCGCAUGCAACAAGAGCAGCAGAGGCUCUCGUCCCACCACCCUCAACACUCAGAGGUCCACUCAUUACUCUCUGAGCCCGAUAUGGGCUUAUCCGCCUCCUCGCAAGUGCACCACCUCCCCCAGCACCAUCAACAACAGCAACACCCCAACUCACACCACCAGCAAAGCCACUCAGGGCACCACUCCCAAGGCCAUGCUCACCCCCUGUCCAACCACUUGCCCCCUCCCUCAGCUUCCACCCACUCACAGCAACAGAAGUCCCAGUCCCACCCUUCCCAGCUCACCCUGGGACAGCAGGUACAAUUGGACCAGCAACAGCGCUCUGAGCAGCACCCGUUUGACACGGUCAGCCCCGUGGAGAAAAGCGGCGGCCAGAGCCAGAAUCARUUCGUCCCGCUCACCUCCAUCUGCUUCCCGGACUCGCUCCUGCAAGACGAGGACCGCUCCUUCUUCCCUGGCAUGGAGGACAUGUUCUGCUCUGACGACUACUCCAAGUCGAGCUGCACCGGAGGAAGCGCAGGCCCAAUGCAGGGGGAGAUGAACAAGGAGGGACCAGGAGAUGGCCAUGAGGAGGCCAUGAAGGCUAAUUCAGGUGGAGGAAGUGGAGGGGGAAGCGGAAGAGCCAGCUACGACAUGCAUGGCCACCACGGCGGUGACCAGGGCUACGUGCAGUACUGCCACGGUCUCUCCGAGUCAGGCAGCAGCACCAUGGACCUGGACUCCCUCAAGACRCACGAGCUGCCCUCCACCGUCAAUACGGAGCAGCUGGGCCUGAUCCAGUUGCAGGGCCCCGGAGGGAUGGGUGUCACUGGCCAGGGGAAAUUGUCCUCGAGUCCAGGCGGGGGCGCUGGCAGUACUGGUGUCAGUCCUGGAGGKCUCACCUCACCCAUCUUCUGCUCAUCGCGCCCCAAGAAGCUACUCAAGUCGAGCUCGUUCCAUCUGCUCAAGGAGCGCCGGGACCCCAACACGCUGCCCAAGAAGAGCUACGCGCAAGAGUACGAGUUCGAGGAUGACGAGGACAAGGACAACCAGCCGGCAGAUAUCCGCCUGAACAGCCGCCGGCUCCCCGACCUCCUCCCCGACCUGGUCUCCAGUUGCCGUAAGACAGGAGGUGGGGCUGGAGGAGGAGGCACGCUCAGCCCCCUCAUGGGAGACCUUAACUUCUACCACUCGACAGGUUACCCCCCCCUCGGCCCCCCUCCCCAGCUCAUGUCGCAGGACAUGGUCAAGAAGAGGGGCCGUAAGCCCACCAAGCAAAAGAGAGAGGGGCCUCCCAGGCCCAGGGGUAGGCCUCGCAUUCGCCCGCAGCCAGAGCAGCACACGCCCUGCGGAAUGUUGACCGGUGAGAUGGGAGGAGGAACCGGAGUAGGAGGGGGGAAUGGAGGAGGAAUGGAGGGUAAACUGGGCAGGGACCGUGGUGGUGGAUGCCGGGUGAGGAGAAAUGACAUGUUUAUGGAGAUGACUAGGAAGGACCAGAUGCAGCAACACCACCUUCAGCAACAACAGCAUCAGCUCCACCACCAGGCUCCACAGCAUCAGGAGCCCAUACCACCUCUCAAGAUCAAACUGCCCAUCGGCUCCAUGUCCUCUUCCGACGACCUGCUGAGGAUAGACUCUCUGUCUGGUACAGACCCCGCUCUGUCGGACGGCUCGGUGGGCUCGGCUCCCUCCCUUGGCCUGAGUCCCGGACCCCCGUGCGGAGGGACAGACUCCAACAGGACCCAGAACAAGAGCAAGCAGAACAGCCAGAUGCUGAGUGAUGGAGUGGACGGAGAAGGGAUGGAUGGAAGGGUGGAUGAGAAGGAUUCGGAAUCCAAGGCGGGUUUCAUGGCCUCCUUCAUGGACUURCUCAAGUCGGGAAAGAGACCUCAGGGCUUGGAAAUGCCUGUGGGAAUGGAAUCAGGACAUGGUGACGCCUCACCGCUCAAAUGUGGAGGGCUCUGUGUCUUGUCUCCAGUGCCGCCUCCAUUCGGGGAGGGUGAGGGCAACGGCGGCCUGGCCCUGGUUGGCUGCCCCAGCCCCUGCAAGCGCACCCUGGAUGACGAGCUGAAGAGGAACCUGGAGACGCUGCCCUCAUUCUCCUCGGACGAGGAGGAUUCGGUGGGCAAGAACCAGGACCUGCAGAAGAGCAUCUCCUCAGCCAUCUCGGCUCUCUACGAUACACCGCAGCUGGCCUUCCAGCCGCACCCUCCUCCUCCCCCACCCCAGUCCCAACCCCAACCCAGGCAGGCCCAGCACACAUCGACCCCUCUGCAGCCCCCCACCCUCAGCCCCCAGACCCCCUCACACACCCCUCACACCCAGCUCCAGGCGGCCGAGCCGGCUGUGCUACUUCGAGAGGACCGGGAGAUGGAGGAGAAUGAUGAUGAUGAUGAUGAGGAGGAGAGGAAGAUGGGAGGAGGGGGUAAUGAGAGUGAAGUGAAGGUUAUGGAAGAGGAGGCGCCAGAGUUUGAAACACUUGGUGCACCCAAAUUAGAAGCUUCCCUCCCAGAGUCCCAGGAGGCACCAGUCACACCCCCACCUCCCUCCGCCUCCCCCGCUCAAUCCUUCUCUCCCUCUCCCCCGCCUUCCCCCUUACUUCUCCUCUCUCUCCCUUCAUCACCCCUGCCGCCACAAGAAGCAGCACAACAGCAGAAUUCCCAACCUCUGAGCCCCCUCCCUCCUUUCAAUUCCUCCCCUCUUCAUCCUGCUCCCGCAACCCUCCCUCUCUAUCCCUCCCCUCUUCAUCCUGCUUCUGCCACUCUCCCUCUCUCCUCCCCGCUUCCUCAGUCAUCCCCGGCCACGGAUUUCCCCAAGUACUCACCGGAGCCCCGCGCAUCCCCGGAAGAAGCCCCUGCCUCUCAGGUCACCUCACUGCACGUGGCUCAAAAGCAGGAGGAUGCCGCCAUCGCCGGAGAGAGCGAGGAGGACGAGAGCGAGAGCGGAGGUGAAGGCAUUUUCCGAGAGAGGGACGAGUUUGUGGUGCGUGUGGAAGACAUUGCAACUAUGAAGCUGGCCCUGAAGACCGGUCGAGAGCCUCCCCCCAUCUGGAGGGUGCAGAAAGCCCUGCUGCAGAAGUUCAGCCCUGAGAUCAAGGACGGAGAGAGGCAGUUCUGUGCCACCAGCAACUAUCUGGGCUAUUUUGGAGAUGCCAAGAGGCGGUACCAGCGCCUGUAUGUCAAGUUCCUGGAGAACGUUAACAAGAAGGACUACGUGAGAGUGUGCUCUCGACGACCCUGGCACAGACCAUCUGGACUGAGGCGACAGGCCCUCCCCAAAAUAGCGUCCCCGCCUCCCACCACCCUGACCCCGCCUCGAGCRGAGAGGGAGCAGCGAGUGGCACCGCCGCGUGAGCUAGUGCAGCGCGAACCGAGGGAGAGAACAAGGGCAAAGAUCGAACAGCGAGAAAAGGCGACCGCAGUGUUGAAAGAGAAGCAGAGGGAGAAAGAGAAGAGGGUGCAGCCAUCUCAGGAGAAGCCUGAGAAACGGGCCGCCGCGGUGGCAACGAUGGAACGAGGGAAGGGGAAAGAGGAGAAGAAAGGAGGAGUGGAGAAAGAGAAGAUGGAGUGCCCUCCCAAGUCGAAGCCAGCCAAGGUCAAGGCAGAGCCUCCUCUGAAAAAGAGGAAGAAGUGGCUGAAGGAGGUCCCCUCGUCAUCUGAUUCAGACUCGUCCGAGGAGGCAGCCAGUGAGGAUGAGAUGCCAGUGCAAGGCGGGGUGAACAACCGGGCGAUGCGCGAGAUGUUUAGGAGCUAUGUGGAGAUGCUGGUCAGCACGGCCCUGGACCCCGACAUGAUCCAAGCCCUGGAGGAUACAGACGAUGAGCUGUACCUCCCCGGGAUGAGGAAGAUUGACGGCAUCAUUGUGGAACAGAAGAGGAGGCUGAUGAAGAGAGUUAACAUGGGUACUCAGCACCAGGAGGCCCUGCACACGUACCCUCAGAUGGCGGGGGACCCCCUGGACUCAGGAGCUGUGAGGGUGCGGUUCAGUGGGGAGGGCUACAACCGCAAGACUCUCAACAGAGUCAAGAAGAGCCUACCCAAACCACAGGACCUUAAACUGUCAACAGAGUCAUGUCGGAUCUACAGCCUCUAUCACUCCCUGCAUCAUUAUAAAUAUCAUACUUUCUUACAUUGUAAGAAAGAGACCAAUACUAUAGAGCAGGCAGCUGAGGACCCUGGGCAGGAGGAGGUGGUGCAGCAGUGUAUGGCCAACCAUGGCUGGCUGGACACACUCUUCAACUCCUUCAUCGAGCUGCUCACKCUCAGCACCAAGGCCUGAGAGACAGACCAAGGGGAAAGAAUACAGAAAGAAAGGGGGCAAGCCAAAUAACAUAAGGCACAGAAACUAGGGCCCCAGAAACGGAGGUUGGUGAACGAGUGGAYACGAGGGAAUAGAGUUGUAUAGAGGCCCCAUCCCACCUGGAGUCGUGUGGGUCUGAGGGACAACUUGAAAGGCCACUCUAGGAACAAGAGGGUUGGUAGGUGUGACCUUGGAGAGUGACCUCUCCUUAGUUGCUCAAUUACUAAAAUAUAGAGUUACUUGACCUUGAGAAUGGAUGAUGACCCACAGGUGCUGGGGUCGUUCCUGAUGGGCUAAGAGAGGAGACUGACCAAUCAGGAGACAAAGACCGACGUUAAGGUCACAGAGGAUAGACAAGGCAGAUGGAUGAGGUAUUGCACCAAGUCACGGAGGAUUGUCAUACUGACAUUGUAAAACUGUGUCAGUCCCAAACAGUUCAGAGAGAAUCUAUUACUGUUURGUUUUUACAUAAAUUAUCUUUUAAAGACUCUAACGGCUUUUAACGAGUGGACGUUGGCGAGAAUGCUUUUUAAAACAUUGUGUUAGAGGAGUGCAGUGAGCGGUGUGACUAUAUGGGAACGGAUGCAACAUAAAGGUGUUAAUUCUCGCUCGCUCUAUGRGACAGUAGUCGGCAGUACCGGCGCGCUAUGUGGUAGUAUAUAAACACAUUUGUAUUAUUUAUGAGGUUUUUAAUAUAAACUCUCACAAGCGCUGGGAUGCCGCCUUAGCAUUUUAAGUAACAUUUUUCACAGGUUAUACAUAAAAUCGUGCACCCACAUAUCCGAGCUGUCUUCCUUUUUUUUCUAUACAAAAGAUUUGAGGACGAGACAAAAAACAUGUUAUCAACUAUGUCUGUAAAAGGGGAGAAUGGGAGAGUAUAUUUGAAAUGUAGACAUUGUAGUGCUUUAGUUCAUUCAUCAUAAUCAUGCAGGUUAAAAAUGAAAGAAACUAAUAACCGUAUCCAGUUCCCUUACACACGAGUGGUUAUAAAUAAGUAAUAUUUAAAAAGGAAAUAUUCAUUUCAUUUUUAUCAGUUUGAUGUUUGGUCAUAUUACUAUGUUUCCAAGAAAAAGUCAAUCAAAUUUUCCUUCGAAAUAAAGUCUUUGUAAAUAUUGUACAGUUGUUGACACAUUGUUUUCUUCUGUACAUUAUUAACCCUGUAUUUGAAAAAUGAAUAAAAACGGCAAAGAACAA